UUACACAGUAUGGCCGGCGAUAUUAGCUAGCGCUCGCUUACGGUUUUCUCUGUAAAAGGGAACGCGGUAACAAGAAAAUCAACAUCCGAAUUACAAAAAGGACUUUACCUCAAUAAAAUUUAGCUAAUCGAAGAAGGAUUAUUUAAGCUACAAACGUUGUAAUCGACGUUGACCAUUUUUUGUUGGGUGUCUGUUGUCUCAUGAUGGAGGAUAACGGUGCACAUUUCUUCGAGGGGACCGAGAAGCUGCUGGAGGUGUGGUUCUCGCGGCAGGACGACGCCAAAGGGACGGGGGACCUCCGUACCAUCCCAAGGUUUGAGUGGGACAAACUUCUGGAGAAUGUGCAUUGUUUGAUCAUAAGUGUGACAAAGACUGACAAGCAGGAAGCUUAUAUACUCAGUGAGAGUAGCAUGUUCGUCUCCAAGAGACGUUUCAUUUUGAAGACCUGUGGAACCACCCUCUUACUGCAAGCACUGGUGCCACUGCUGGAACUCGCCAGGGAGUACUGCGGCUUCGACACCAUCGAGAAUUUCUUCUACUCCCGCAAGAACUUUAUGAAGCCAACCCACCAAGAGUUCCCUCAUCGAAACUUCCAGGAGGAAGUCGAGUUUCUCAGCCAGAUUUUCCCAAAUGGUGCAGCUUAUUGCAUGGGGCGUUUGAACUCUGACUGCUGGUAUCUGUUCACCCUGGAUCUGCCAGAGUACUGGGAGAACAAGCAUGCAGAUCAGACGCUGGAAGUUCUGAUGAGUGACCUCGAUCCAGCCAAUAUGGACCAGUUCUUCAUGAAAGAUGGUGUUUCUGCAAAUGAGGUCACUCGUAGGAGUGGAAUUCGUGACCUGAUACCAGGUUCUGUGAUCGACGCCACAAUGUUCAACCCUUGUGGAUACUCAAUGAACGGCAUGAAGACUGAUGGAACUUACUGGACCAUCCACAUCACCCCGGAGCCAGAGUUCUCCUACGUCAGCUUUGAAACCAACCUGUCCCAAACGUCGUACGAUGACCUGAUCAGAAAGGUUGUGGACGUGUUUAAGCCAGGAAAAUUUGUCACUACGCUUUUUGUCAAUCAGAGCUCCAAAUGUCGCAGUGUCUUCUCCUCUCCCACCAAACUGGAGGGCUACAAGCGUCUUGACCGCCAGUUGGCUCAGUUCAACGAUUACAAUUUUGUGUUCACAAGCUACACCAAGAGCCGCCAGCAGAACCAGCAGAGCUGAGGGUCCAAGAUGAAGAGGAGGCGUAAAAAGAAUGUUUGCUCCUUGGGGCUUGGCCCAGGGAGGUGGCCAUCUUCCUCUUGCCCACUCCUCUUCUUCUGCUGUGACUGGGAGCGCCGCUGCGUGGCGGCAGCUCCCACUUUAACCUCCAGGUUGACUUGUGUGAAAUGUUGUAACUGUGACUUACAUCUCCUGCAUGAAGGCUCUUCUCCUUGUCUCAAUAUUCUAGCUCACUCUUGCUGUGAUCUUGAGGUGCAUGUAGAGGAAUUAAACGCGCUCUGUUCAAGGCUGUCCACCUGUGCCCAGUACACCGGUCCCUUCCAGUACACCGGUCCCUUCCUGCAGGUCUCCCCCCUCAUCCCCCACAGACAAGGCUUCCGCCCACACUAGACCAGGGCCCUGACGUGCUCGGAUCAGACGGCCUCUCAAACACCUUGCGCUCUGAUUACAUCCAACUUUAAACCUCCUUGUAGAAGGUUCUCAGCGAGCGUUCUACAGAUGCACUUGUUCUGGUUUAACCACGUUUGCUGGAAUGUGACGAGGCUGCAGUUCUUCACACUGCUUUGCAGCUGAAAACGGCAGAAAAAUGAAAUGUGUUGCCGUUUCACUGAAUUGUACGUUUGUGCAACAAGCGAGUCGUGCGGCAAAGUUGUCAAAAUCACAGAGUCCAUGAUGUCAUCCUUCAUUCUAGGCUGUGCACGUUUCAUCGCCCAUCUCCACCCGCACCAGGUCAACUUCACUUAUCCAGCACUUUUCAAACAUGACGGUUUAACAACAUAAAAAUAAAUUCAUCCACUAUCGUUACCUGUUUGUUCCUUGUCGGGUCACUGGGGUCGCAGGGGUCACUGGGGUCACUGGGGCCCCAUUCAGCCGUGACUGUGAGAGGCAGGACACCUGCACAGGUCCAUGUCAGCACCGUGUGGAGUGUACCAGUGGUGAACUGACUGUUUCAAAUGAAAUCAGGAUGGGGAAAACAAUUAAAGGUUAAAUCUAUAAAGCACCAAAACCCAAGCGUGCACAGAACAAAUGCAGAUUAAAGUGUGUGCACGUAGUGAAGUAAACGGUGAGAAUGCAUGGAAACUAAACUGCAGGCUGCUCCUCUUCCACGUUUCAUUAAUUUCACCUGUUAAUGGUCACAAAGCUCGUGCACGUGUCUAAAUGUGUCUACAGUGCUCCGUAGAGCAGGGUGGGACCCCUGCAACAAAACCAGGUGCGUUCAAGACGCCCGCCCGUUGCACUUGUAGUUUGAGAACAAAACAAUUUGUGGCACAGAUUUCUUUGAACACGUUAAAAUUUCAGGAGACCGAUUCCAGAAGUGACGCAGGGACUCUGCUGAUCCACGUG